CACCACUCUUUUCAAAAGCACACCGAUAAUAAAGUCCUUUAGAUCUGCUCCUCUGUUUCUUUCCCACGCUUCCAUUUCUGUUCUGUAUGUCCUCUGCAAUUCUUUCCUCUGCACAAUUACUACGUCUCCCACGUCAAAUUGUGUCUUCUUUCUCCUCUGACGAGCUUCUGUUAGUUCUUCAGUUGCCUUUUCAUUGUCUCCUCUUGUUUUGGCAAUGACCCACCACCCAAAUUCCUGCUCAUUCUACUGAUCACAUCUGGGGGUGAGGUGACUCCAAUGUUGGAGUUUCCGACGAAUGGCUGGAGCUCUCGGCGUUUAUGGUGAAUUUUUCCGGUGAAUUUGAGGACUGGUGAAGAUGUUUAAGUCGGCGAGGUGGAGGAGUGAGAAGAACAAGAUCAAGGCAGAGUUCAAGUUGCAAUUCUGUGCAACACAGAUUUCGGAAUUUGGUGGGGAUGCAUUGACGGUUUCUGUGGUUCCUGGCGAUGUGGGAAAGCCGACGGUGAGGCUUGAGAAGGCCACAGUGCGAGGGGGAAAAUGUCGGUGGGAGAAUCCUGCUUAUGUAACAGUGAAAUUUGAUGUAGACCAGAGAACUGGAAAGCUUGCGGAGAAAAUCUACCAUUUUCGAGUCUCUACGGGAUCGGCCAAAGCUGGUUUUCUUGAUGAAGCUUCUAUUGAUUUUGCUAAAUAUGCUGAGGCCACCAAACCCUUCUCUGCUUCUCUUCCCCUCCAGAAUUUAAACUCUGCAGUUUUGCAUAUUUGGAUACAGAGGAUUCAGGAAGAUGGUGAUCAAAGAGAUGUGGAAGAAUAUGAGGGUUUAAAAACUAGAUCUCAAGACGGGAGCUUAAACAGCUACUUGAACAAUGAGGAUAUAAACAAAAACAGUCACACUGAAGAUGGGUUAAGUCAUGAAGCUGAGAAAAAUGGUGAAGCAAAUGGUGAUCAUAGAGCAUCAAGUGGAUCUGACAUUACUUUAUCAAGUUCUGAGAGCAGCUCUGGACUUGACAGUCCGAUCGAGAAUGGAAUUAGGAAUAACAUCGAUCACCAACCUAAUGGCUUUCUCUCGCCGUUAAGCCACGCUCCAAUUUCUUGCAAAUCACCUACUCAUGAAGGGAAUCAGACAUCGCCGUGGAAGUGGUCGCUUCAAUCUGAUAAUGUAUUAACAACGGAUGAUUCUAGAGCUGGUGGCCUUUUGUUGGGAAGGUCCAAAAAGGAAGCUGAUGCUGAGAUUGAUGAGCUUAAGACUGAGCUUUCUGGUUUGGCAAGACGAGCGGACAUGUCAGAUAUGGAAUUGCAGACACUUCGGAGACAGAUUGCAAAAGAAAAUAAGAGGAGUCAUGAUCUUAUGGGUGAGAUUUCUAGCUUGAAAGAAGAGAGAGAUGAAUGGAAAGUAGAGUGUGAGAAGUUGAAGGGCUUUCAGAAGCACAUGGAUGAUGGAAAAGUUAAAAACAAGUUGCAGUUCGAAGGUGGGGGUCUGCGGUCUCUUUUAGAAGAAAUGAGACAAGAACUGAAUUAUGAGAAAGACUUGAAUGCCAAUCUCCGGUUACAGCUACAGAAGACACAGGAAUCGAAUACCGAGCUAAUUUUAGCAGUACAAGAUCUUGAGGAGAUGCUGGACCAGAAGAACUGUGAAGUAUCAGAUAUUUAUACUGAGUCAGAGUCCAAGAAGGCUGAAGAGAUGAAAACUACUUGUUCAAAAUGUCGAGUAGAAGAGGAUGAAGAGCUAAAGGCACUUGAAGAUCUUGUGAGGGAUCAAAAUAAUGACAGAAGAGCGUAUAUGCUGGAGCAAAAGGUGAUGGAACUCUACAAUGAAAUAGAAUUUCAUUUGAGAGAUAAGGAUGAGCUGGGGAUGCAAAUGGAGCAGCUUGCACUUGAUUAUGAAAUAUUGAAACAGGAAAACCAUGAUCUUUCCCAUAAACUGGAGCAAAGUCAACUUCAAGAGCAAUUGAGGAUACAGCACAAGUGCUCCUCUUCGGCUGCCACCAUAAAUGAUCUGGAAAAGAAGAUUGAGAGUCUCGGAAACGAACUAAAACAGCAGUCGGUUGAACAUUCUAAUACUUUGGUGGCAAUUGGGGAACUCGAAUCCCAUGUCAGAAGUUUGGAGGAAGAACUUGAGAAGCAGGGGCAAGAUUUCGAAGCCGACUUGGAGGCAAUGAUGCUUUCCAAGGUUGAGCAAGAGCAAAGGGCUAUCCGAGCGGAGGAAGCUUUGAGAAAAAUGAGGUUGAGAAAUGCUAAUACUGCGGAAAAGCUUCAGGAGGAAUUUGGGAGGCUGUCUAAGCAAAUGGCAUCUACAUUUGAGGCAAAUGAGAAAGUGGCCAUGAAUGCACUAGCAGAAGCUAGUGAACUUCGCUCACAGGGAAGUCACUUAGAAGAAGCUCUCCAGAAAGCAAAUGAAGAGCUACGGUCUGUGAGAGAAAAUUAUGAGGAGAAACUGCGGGAGCUUUCUCACCAAAUCAAGAGCAACUCAAGUCAGAUUGAACAGAUGAUAUCAGAACUUGAGACUAAGUCCAAACAACUCGAACGUCAGAAGAAGAACGAGGACACGAAGUUCGAAUCUUUCUCGCAGGAGAUCGAAAUGCUCAAGUCCGAAAUUGAUCGACUCAAAGAAGAGAAUAAUAAUCUUAAAGGACAAGCUGGCCAGGUAGAGACCAUGAGGGUAGAACUAGAUCAAAUGAAGACAUUAGUUCGAGAAACUGAGAUGCUAAUCCAAACAAGAAAUACAGAGAGAAAUGAGCUGGAGAGUACAGUUGUAUUGGCAAAGAAAGAAUCUGACAAGUUAGUCGACGAGUUGGAGAAAAUGAGGAAUGCGAAAGAGGAAAAGGAGACUUUGUUGGGACUUCUACAGUCAGAGUUGCAGAAGCUCAAAGUUGAGUGCAAUGACUUGGAACAUUCUUGCAAUGACUUAAAACAUUCUUUAGCUGAGGGUGAGCUAGAGAAAGAGAAACUUAGAAAGCAGGUAUUGCAACUGAAAGGUGAGCUGAAGAAGGAGGAGGCCUGUAACAACUCCGAGAAAAAGCUCAAGCAUAACAACGGACGUAUGGCGACUGUUGGUGGAAACAAAAUUGCUUCAAAAACAAAAUUAAAUUCAGUUCCUCAUGACUCUGCCGAAGUUGCAAAUCUGAAGGAGAAAAUCAAACUGCUCGAGAGACAGAUUAAGUUAAACGAAAACGCCUUAGAAACAUCAGAGAAUUCAUUCCUCCAAAAAGAACAGGACUUCUGCAACAGAAUUCUAGAGUUGGAGAACAGACUGGAAGAACUGAAUCAUUUGGAAACAUGUCAAAAGGUGAACGACAGUAGAAACGAUGCUGCUUCACGUGGUGGAACAUUCGAGGAAACAAGAACAAGAGCUGACAACUUAGCCGAAGGAAAUAGCAAGGAAUUAUCAAUCAAUAGCAACGAGAGCUCAUUUGAAACAGCACCGAAACUCUCUACGGUUUGCAAUGGAGAUGGCAACCUUGAUAAACUGUUGACGGAGUUGUCCACAUUUAAAGAGAAGAACAAAUCAAUGGAAAGUGAACUGAAGGAUAUGCAAGACAGAUAUUCAGAGAUAAGUCUCAAGUUUGCAGAGGUAGAAGGUGAAAGACAGCAGCUCGUAAUGACAGUGCGCAACCUCAAAAAUGCAAAGAGGAAUUAACUCUUCUCUAACACACUUGUAUUUCAAUACAGAAUUCCUACAUAUAAUGUAUAGUUGAGGAGCUUCUUUUACCAAAGUGAAUAAAUUAAUUGUAUAUUUUUAUUUUUAUUCUUUUACCCUAAAAUUUACCCCUGCCUUGUUGGGUUACAGAAUCCUGUAAACUUGUUCUUUCCUGGUUGGAAAAGAAAAAACUUACACAAAUUUCUUCAUAUGGAUGAAUUUAAAAUUUCUUGAAACUGUUUCCUAUAGACCGAUCAAAACAGUAGAACAGAUCUGCAUGUUUGUUCAAUCAACAAGUUCUGUUAACUUGCUCAUACCAUAUGAUAAUGAUUAAUAUUCCCAUUCAGAAGGUUUGACCAAAGUUUAAUAUAACAUAUGGAGGCAAAUGAGAUGUAAAAAUCCCAUUGUUCAAUAUUUAUGCACAUUUAAUCAGCUACAUUAUUCUAGCCUCCUUAAAAGUUAUAUUUUGUCAUCUUUGCCAAGCAGGUUGGCCGGUUGGAGCCUGCUUGGCGGUGACCCUAUCGAAAGAAAUCCGAU